UCUAAUUCGAUACAACAACUCAAUUCAAUACAACAAUCUGAUAUGAUGCAACAACCUAAUUCGAUACAACAACCCAAUCUAAUGCAACAAUUCAAUUUGAUGCAACAACUUAAUUCGAUACAACAAUCUAUAAUGCAACAAGCUAAUCUAAUGCAACAAGCUAACUUAAUGCAACAAUCUAAUUUUAUUCAACCUUCACUCUUUUCGGGUCAACAUUAUAUGCCAUUUUUAUUUUAUAAUCCAUUUUCAACAUAUAUUCCUUUACAAACUUACAGAACACCUUUUUAA